GCUGUUGAAAUCGGAAAGCAAAUGGCGCGGAAGCUCUUUAUUCAUCAUGUCUUUGGGGAAAAUGAAUUUGAAGAUGGGAACCAUUUCUACCGGUUCCUGGAGCAUGGGCCAUUUAUUCCUCGGUGCUUCAAUUUCCUGGGAUCCGUUAACGACAACCAGCCCAAGCCCGCUGCCAUUGUUGCGCAAAGACUGGCCAAGAUCAUGUCCGCCAUUUUAGAAUCCUAUGCCUCUGAAGACCUUCAACAUGUCGAUUAUCUCUCCAUUAGCAACAGUGAAGAAUUUCGAAGGUAUAUAAAUUUAGUACUUGAACUUCACCGCGUGAACCUCUUGGAACUGUCGCAUGAUGAAAAGUUGGCAUUCUUCUUAAACCUGUACAAUGCCAUGGUCAUACAUGGCUUAAUCAGAUUUGGACGACCAGAGGGCGUAAUAGACAGAAAAUCCUUCUUCUCCGACUUCCAGUACUUGGUGGGUGGACAGCCUUAUCCACUAAUGGCCAUAAAGAAUGGGAUUCUCAGAGGUAAUAAGAGGCCACCAUAUUCCUUUGUCAAGCCCUUCAGCAACGGCGACAAGCGAUUGGAGCUUGCGUUUGGAAAAGUGAAUCCAUUAAUUCACUUUGGACUGUGCAAUGGCACAAAGUCAAGCCCAAGAGUGAGAUUCUAUACUCCUCAAGGAGUCGAAGCAGAAUUGAGAUGCGCCGCAAGGGAAUUCUUCCAAAGUGGGGGAGUGGAGGUUGACUUGGACAAAAGAACUGUGUACCUCACUGGCAUUAUCAAGUGGUUCAGUGUGGACUUUGGACAUGAGAAAGAGAUUCUGAGGUGGAUCAUGAGCUUCUUGGAUGCCAAGAAAGCAGGCCUUUUGACACACCUUUUGGGAGAUGGAGGUCCAGUCAACAUAGCCUACCAGAACUAUAAUUGGACCAUGAACUCUUCUUGAUGAUCACUUUCCCAUUACAAAGGACAAAAAUCUUCAAGGAUUUUGUUUUGUUUGUGUGCUUUGUCAUGGCAUGCCCUUGCCAACAAUUAUUGUAAAUAAUAUAUAGCUUUUCUUCUUUAUCAGUUAUCACCUCUAUGCUAAGUUUUCCCAGAAUGCCAAUUUUUCUGGGGUGGGGGUGUCUCUGGGG